CGCCUUCCUCAGCUCCGUGAGCUCUAUUGGCUUCUUCCUGUUCGUAGUUGUGUCGUGCGAUAAAAAAGAUUUAUUGUAUACAUUUAAGCGAGGCUCGAAAGAAGAAACGAUACACGCAAAAUGUCGAAAAGUCUCCCUUUUACUCUGAACGAUCCAUCUCUGCUCCAUGAGGCUUCAUUGCUCAGUGGACAAUGGGUGCAGGCGCAGGAAGCUAAACGGUUUGACGUUGAAGACCCUGGUUCCGGCAGGAUCUGGGCUUCUUGUCCUACUAACCAAGUCACCGACGUUGAUCAGUACAUCGAAUCAUCACAAACUGCCUUUGACUCUUUCCGCCACACCAACCCUCGUGAAAGAGCCAAGAUUCUCCUCAAGUGGCAUGAGUUAAUAACAAAGGCCCGAGAAGACAUAGCCAAGAUUGUUGUCUAUGAAACAGGCAAGCCGAUGGCAGAGGCAGUUGGUGAGGUUGAUUACGCGCUCGGUUUUGCUUGGUGGUUCGCUGGUGAGGCUGAGCGAGUUCGCGGCUCAAUCGCCUUGCCCUCAGUCUCAUCCCGACGGACAUUCGUCAUCAAGCAACCAAUUGGUGUUUGUGUCGCUCUGGUACCCUGGAACUUCCCCGUUGCCAUGAUUAUUCGAAAGGUGGCUGCUGCAAUUGCUGCAGGAUGCACAAUGGUUGUCAAGCCUUCGCCUGAAACCCCUCUCAGUGUCAUGGCUUUGGCCGAUCUAGCUCUUCGGGCCGGCCUACCGAAUGGUGUACUCAAUGUCAUCUCAACCGAUAAUGAGCAUACGCCAUCUGUCAGCGAAAGGCUCUGCAAGCACCCAUCGGUGCGGAAGGUAACUUUUACUGGCAGUACUAAUGUUGGAAGCAUCGUCGCAAAGCAUUGUGCUGAGGGCCUCAAGAAGGUCACGAUGGAGCUUGGCGGUAACUGCCCUUUUAUUGUAUUCGACGACGGCAACCUAGACGAAGCCGUCGCGGCUCUCAUGAUACUCAAGUGGCGAACUGCUGGUCAGGCUUGUACACACGCUAACAGGGUUUACGUCCAAAGUGGGGUUUACGAGACUUUCUGUCAGAAGAUGGUCCAGGCAACCCAGAAGCUCAAGGUUGGGCAUGGCGCAGCCGAUGAGACGACAAUUGGUCCUUUGACAACUUCGCGACAGGUUGAAAAGGUAGAGCGACAUGUCUCUGAUGCCCUUAGCAAAGGAGGCAAGCUGCUUUGUGGAGGAAGAAGACCCGACCAUCUCAAGGCUGGUUAUUUCUUUGAGCCUACUGUCGUUUCCGGGAUGACUCCAGAUAUGUUGACGACCCAGGAAGAGAUUUUCGGUCCUUUAUUGGGCAUCUAUAAGUUUGAAACGGAGGAGGAAGUUGUAAAACUGGCUAACCACACGUCAAUGGGACUUGCCUCAUACUUUUACACGAAAGAUGUGAGCCGCACUUGGAGGCUUCUGGAGAGUCUUGAGGCGGGGAUGAUCGGGAUGAAUACAGGCAACGCAUCGUGCGCUGAGUCUCCCUUCGGCGGUAUCAAGGCUUCAGGGUAUGGGAAAGAAGCUGGCAAAGACGUUGCUAUCGAGGAGUACCUCAUUUCCAAAACCGGCACGCUUACUGUAGAGGGGACAGCGACAGCCUAAGCUGUCUUUUUAUCGUGUAGUGUUACUAAAUUAACAUGAGAAGC